GCCGCCGCCGCCGCAGCACCGUCCCCCACCCCCGAGCACCCCGCCGGUCGGGUUUGAUCCAUGGCGUCCAAGAGGAUCCUGAAGGAGCUCAAGGACCUGCAGAAGGACCCUCCGACCUCAUGCAGCGCAGGUCCUGUUGGUGAGGACAUGUUCCAUUGGCAGGCCACUAUCAUGGGGCCAUCGGAAAGCCCAUUCACUGGUGGUUUGUUUUUGGUGAACAUUCAUUUCCCACCAGAUUAUCCUUUCAAGCCACCGAAGGUCUCUUUCCGCACCAAGGUUUUCCACCCGAACAUCAACAGCAAUGGCAGCAUUUGCCUUGACAUUCUCAAGGAGCAGUGGAGCCCGGCUCUGACCAUAUCAAAGGUUCUCCUGUCGAUCUGCUCGUUGCUGACAGACCCGAACCCCGAUGACCCGCUGGUGCCUGAGAUUGCCCACAUGUACAAGACUGAUAGGGCCAAGUACGAGUCCACGGCGCGCUCCUGGACGCAGAAGUACGCCAUGGGCUAGAGCCCUAGAUGGCCAACUGGAGAACAUGUGCCGAGCCCAUCAUCGCCAAGAAUCGUUAUCACCUAAAUAACCCAGCCAAGUCUACUCCGCACUGCAAUGAAGUGAAAAUGGACUUUUGAGGCCAUUGUGCCCCCUGUUGAACUCGUAUGGAUGUACUCUCUUAGCCAUGUGAAGUCCGUUGGGUCUGGUAGUCUGUUCUACCUGACGUUUGGUUAUCUAUCUAUUAAGUUAAAUCUCAGAAUCGUA